AUGGCGGGCAAGGUGGGCAGCCAAGUAAGGCCGGGCAGACGGUCAGUCCUACCGGAGACAGGCAGCUUGGGCAGGGACUGGGGCUGGCCGGAGGGCGGGGGAGGGGAAGACAGCGCCUGUCCGCUUUGGGGUCCCCGGCUCCUUGGCCCCGACCCGCGUCCCCCGCCGUCGCCGCCUCAGGCUAAACUCGGCCUGGCCCGGGGAGGCCCCAGAGCCCGCCUCGCCGCCUCAAGUCAGAGCCUGCGGGCCGCCGGGUCUCUGGCGCCGACCCCGGGGGCGCUGGGGGCGCUGGGGGCGGGGAAGGGGCGUCCCCAACUCACUGGCCCGGAGAGGGCAACCGUGUCGCCCGCACGGACGCUGGCGGCCAAGCGGGGAAGCCGGACCUGUCCGCCACGCAGGGCGGCCGGCUCGCGGACCCGGGCCCGCUCUCGUUCCCACCCCUCCUCCCCUCUAGCCCCAAGCCAAAUGAAAAGGGUUCUUUGGGUCUUGCCCUUUGGGGCAAGAACGCAGGAACCCACGCUGGGUUUGAGCUUUCUGCUUAGAAUGAGCUGA